CAUCGUGGCGACUUCUUCCGUCUUCUCCAACUCCUUCGGCAGGAGGAUAGUGCGUAAUGUGUACCUCACGCGGGAUCCACGACCGUCAUCGCCGCCAGUGAUAACAAAUAAUUGUUUGUAGUACUCUGCCAAUCAACCUUGCGCAAUGAAUGACUGGCUAUCUUUGAGCCAGCAGCAUAGACUGCGGGCCAGCCCAUAGGAGGGUUCGGGUGACCCCAAGCUGCGGCUAUGGCACUGGGGGGAAUUUUCCGCGCGGAAUAAAAGAUAACGAUACUUUUGAGCAGAGGGAACCCGGUAUAGAUAUGGAUUCUCCAGGGUGCUAUGCCCCCCCCCCUCCUUUUCUCACAUUUGCCUGGCGGAUGCUUCAUGUCGCUUGUGUCCAUUCCCUCCGCAUGCGCAGGGUGUAGGCCCGUGGGCGUUGCAUGCCUGCCAUGGACAACUCGGACGAGAACGGCCUGGUGACGGAGUGCAGCGUACCCAUCCUGAUGGGGGCGAGGACCCACGCCGGCUCGAACGGCGAGCUGCGGCCGAACAAGGCCGUAGGAUGGACUCCGCUGCUGAUCCUGGCCGCGGCCGUGUCCUCGCUAGGCGCCGCGCUCCCGGUCGGCUUCAACAUCGGCGUCAUCAACACCCCGGCCGUUAUCAUCAAGGACUUCUGCAACGCGAGCGUGGCGGCGCACUAUGACGUCUCGCUGACGCACGGCCAGCUCGACCUGCUGUGGUCCGUCGUCGUGUCCAUGUUCCUGGUGGGCGCCAUGACGGCCUCCAUGUCUGGCGGCUGGGUGGCGGACCGCUUCGGGCGCAAGGGCGCCCUGGGCAUCGCCAUGGCGCUCAGCGUCGUCGGCGCGCUGCUGUUCCUCGUGUGCAAGUACGCCAACUCGGUGGAGAUGCUCAUGAUGGCCAGGCUCGUCGUGGGCCUGUCCUCCGGACUCACCACCAGCGCCAUGCCCAUGUACCUCACGGAGCUGGCCCCCGUGCACCUGCGGGGCGCGCUGGGCGUCAUCUGCCCCAUGGGCAUCAACUUCGGAGUGUUCGCCGGACAGUUCGCCGGGCUCGACUGGCUGUUCGGUAACGAGGCCUUGUGGCACGUGCUCCUGGCGCUGUUCGGGCCCCUGGCCGUGGUGUGCGGGCUGCUGGUGCCCGCGCUCCCCGAGUCCCCCAAGUACCUGUACCUGGUGCGCGGCGAGGAGCACCGCGGCGUGCAGGAGCUGUCGCGCAUCCGGCGGCAGCCCGAGGAGCGCCUGAGCGAGGAGCUGCGCGCCCUGCGCAUGGCCCACAAGAGCGCCUCCGACUCGCCGGCGGGGGGCGCGGGCGGGCCCGGCGGGCGCAGCGAGGAGGCCGCGGCCCUCGGGCACCAGGGCGACUGGACCAUGGGCAGGGUGCUGCGGUCGCCCGAGCUGCUGCUGCCCGUCGUGCUGGUCGUGACCCUGUGCGGCGGCCAGCAGUUCAGCGGCAUCAACGCCGUGUUCUACUACUCGUCCUCCGUGUUCCAAACCGCCGGACUCACCACGACGCAGAGCCAGUACGCCACUCUGGGCUGCGGGGCCAUCAACUUCGCGACCAGCGUGCUGGCGGUGCCCCUCGUCAACGGCAGCGGCCGGCGCCCGCUCAUGAUGCUCAGCACCACCUCGGCCGUCGUCUUCCUCUCGCUGCUCGGCACCUCCAUCCUCACCAUCGAUGUGUACACAUGGAUGCCGUACGUUGCAACUGUGUCGGUGCUCGCAUACGUCCUCGUGUAUGGCUUGGGAAUGGGUCCCAUACCCUAUUUUAUUGGAUCAGAAAUUUUUGAUGUUGGACCAAGACCACUUGGCAUGGCUUUAGGAAGUCUUGCAAAUUGGGGUGGCAACUUUGUUGUUGCCUUGGCCUUCCCUGCAAUGCAGGCGGAAAUUGGUCCUGCCUCAUUUUAUGUUUUUGCAGGUUUCACUGCUUUGCAGUUUGUUAUCCUUAAAAUAUACCUCCCGGAGACAAAGGGUCGAGAUACAGCUGAAAUUGCUGAUAUGCUUCGAAAGGGCUUCAGGAGCACUGUUGCCAAAGAUGUUAAGCCUCCCCAACCACUGCACUGUGAAGAAUCUCCAUAAAAAUAUACUAAACUGUCACCCCAGCUGUUUUUAAAAAUAAGUUUAAGACUAUGACUUUAAUUUAGCUAUAAUAACUCAAUGACGUAAGAACAGGGUACUCUGACAGUAUGUGUGUUUGUUACUUAAUGUUGCAGUUUGUUGUAAUUCAAAAAAUCUUGAAAAGGGGCAUUCUCUCAUUUUUAUAUGGCAUUCUAGUGCUACUUUUAUGACUGUGAUGAAUUUUAUAGACCUUGUUACUUAUCUGAUAAUUUUAUUAUAAUACUUUAUUGAAUACCCAUGCAGUGGGUUAAUUUCUAGCCCGGGUAAGAAUUUUUUGCACAAUAAAUGUUAAAGUUUGACUCUACAAGGCACAAAACUCAAGUAUGUGUACUUUUAAUGAAUGAAUCUCUAUUAAUUAACUUAUUUGCUCUUUUUGAACUAAUGAGGAGCUUGUCACAAAAACUAUGUGUAAACUUUGAUAGACAUUUUAAAAACUGUUUUUAUGCUAUAUCUUUUUUUUACAAGUAUUUUUUCUAUAUGCCAGUUUUUGUACAAAUUUUUUGUGGUAGAUCUUCGGCAAUAUUUGAAGCCAGUUUAUAUCAUGUCAGAUAGCCUAUGUCUUCCAUAUGUAUCAUACAGCAUCCAAGACUGAUUACAUGGUAAAUUUCUUUCAUUAUCCAGCUACUUACUUAACUCAGUUGGAUUUUGAAAAUGUCUGAAAGGGUAUUUUAGAUGUUAUGCCGUCAAUUGCCCGUUGAAAUUAUGUGGCUUACUAUCAGAGAAUGAAAUUUUUAAUUGUAAUGGUAUGCUGUAGGUGUAAUCAGUAUUUUUUUAAACGGAGCUCUUCCGUUUACAUAUAUUUAUCAUUUUUUGCACUCUGCUCUCCAGCAUUCAGGAUUUUCUUUCAAAAGUAAUAAACACCUUGGAAAGAAAUAAACAAUUUUCGUUUUUUU